CACGGCUACAUGGAGAACAAACCCUUGGGUCUUCAGAUCUUCAUUGGGACAGCGGAUGAGCGGAUACUUAAACCUCACGCGUUCUAUCAAGUCCAUCGCAUUACGGGAAAAACCGUCACCACCACCAGCUAUGAAAAAAUCAUCGGCAACACCAAAGUUCUAGAGAUCCCACUGGAACCCAAAAACAACAUGAAAGCAACCAUUGACUGUGCGGGGAUUUUGAAGCUGAGGAACGCGGACAUCGAGCUGCGUAAGGGAGAGACGGACAUCGGCCGGAAGAACACGCGCGUUCGCCUCGUCUUCCGCGUGCACAUUCCGGAGUCCAGCGGCAGAAUCAUUUCUCUGCAAGCGGCAUCCAACCCCAUUGAGUGCUCCCAAAGGUCUGCUCAUGAACUUCCAAUGGUCGAAAGACAAGAUAUUGAUAGCUGCCUUGUUUAUGGAGGACAACAGAUGAUCCUGACAGGACAGAAUUUCACAGCAGAAUCCAAGGUGGUGUUCACAGAGAAAACUUCAGAUGGGCAGCAGAUCUGGGAGAUGGAGGCCACGGUGGAUAAAGAUAAGAGCCAGCCUAGCAUGCUUUUUGUAGAAAUACCAGAAUACCGUAACAAGCACAUCCGCACACCUGUGAAGGUGAAUUUCUAUGUCAUCAAUGGGAAGAGAAAAAGAAGCCAACCCCAGCAUUUUACCUACCACCCAGUACCAUCAAUCAAAACAGAGCCCAUUGAUGACUAUGAUCCAGCCUUAAUCUGCAAUACAGUACACAGUGGUCUGGGAACAGUAACACAGCCUUACUAUUCACAGCACACAAUGGUCACCGAGUCCCCUUCCUGUCUUGUGGCCACUAUGGCCCCCUGCCAGCAGUUGCGCUCAGGCAUUUCUUCUCCUGAUUCUCGAUACCAUCAGCAGAAUCCAGCCGCCGUAAUAUACCAAAGAAGCAAGAGCCUUAGCCCAAGCCAGCUGGGCUACCAACAGUCCAGCUUGAUGGCCACACCGGUGGCUAUUUCAGAUGCCCACAGGUCAGUGCUGGUGCAUGCCGGUUCCCCAGGCCAAACUUCAGGAGUGCUCCACCACUCUCCAGGCAACCAGCAGUCUUCUCCUGUGAUCCACUAUUCUCCAACCAACCAGCAGCUGAGGUGUGGAAGUCACCAGGAAUUUCAGCACAUCAUGUGCUGCGAAAAUUUUACAUCCAAUGUUGCAAGAUCCAGCCAGCCCCAAGUCAGUCAAGCACAAAGGUUAAGUCCAAGUUCGUACCCUACCGUGAUUCAGCAGCAGGCAGCCUCAGGCCAGCGAGCAGCAAAAAAUGGACCACCAGGUAGCGACCAGAAAGAAGUGUUACCAGCUGGAGUCACUAUUAAGCAGGAGCAGAAUCUGGACCAAGCGUACCUGGAUGACGUUAAUGAAAUUAUCAGGAAGGAAUUUUCGGGACUGCCUGCCAGAAACCAGACAUAGAGGCAGAGAUUUGCGAGACAACUUUUGCCGAAUCCUUCCAUAACUGACCUCUUAGAUCCUUCCAGUGUCCCUGCAACCUCCUGCUUCCUUAACUGUUCAUCUCAAGGCACCAAUUCAAUGCAAGGAACAAUGUAUUGGCAUCAAGCUGACAGCCUUGACUAAGCAACUCGCCACCUCUCUCUGUAAACAUCGAAAAGGACACCCUUCCUUUAGUCCAAAGAUCAUAUUGUUCUCAUAUAACAGAGCAUCUGUCUGAGGAAACUCUUCGAGCCUGCUGCAAAAUAUCUAUCUAUGUAUCAAUAUAUCUUAGUAAUAAGGGAGAAGUAAGACGUCACUCCUGAACACGGCACAAAGCAAGGGAGGUUAUUCAUGAGCGCUUAUUUGGGUGGGGUGGGAAAUGAGAGAAGAAAGAGAGUAAUAUAUUCCAUAAAAGAGUAAAAACAGUUUGCAGUUUGCUAACAAUGACUUGCCCUCCGGGUCUUGAAGCCCUCUUGAAAAAUGUUAUCGUUGUAGGAAACUGAGGCAACCCAGGCUUGCUGGGCCUUUGGCCAACCUGGGGUCCAAACCCAUGUUCUCUGCCUGAGCACUGUGAUUAGUAUUUCAAGCAGUAGCCAUCAGCUGGAUCCAGGAGUUUUAUUUUUCUGGACAGGAGUUUGAAGGAGAAGGAUAUUCAAA